AUGGCUGAACCAGUAGGGCUAGCCUCCGGAUUAAUUGGCCUGGCAACGUUCGCUUUUCAAUGCAGCGUCUCGCUUUAUGAAACUGUGAACAGUUUCCGGUCCCAUCCAAAGCGCGUGCGUGACCUUCUCUGCGAGCUGGAAGCUUUGGGUGCCGUGUUGGCCCCACUCGUCGAUCUAGUAAAAUCGACCUCUGACGUCGAUCUCUCGGUACUGGAUCUGCCGCUGUUGCGAUGUGGCAAUGCCUGCAAAGAGUUCCAGCAGGAGGUGCUCCGUUGCGCAUCGCGAUCAAACAAUAAUCGGACAAGUUUCCGGGACUGGGCCAAGCUGACGUACAUGGGUGACAAUAUUGACGAUUUCCGCAACUUGCUGUCGGGAUACAAAGCCACGAUCAAUAUUGCCUUGACUGAUGCAACUCUACGUCAAUCUGCAAUCGCUGCUGAAACCAUCGGGGACUACGAGAACCUCAUCCAAGAUGCCAAGGAGGACCUCGAAGCCCGACUUGAAAGUAUUGAUAGGAAGUUGGAGCACCUAGUCGUCAACGAUGCGGCUCAGCCUGGACUAGAUGCGGCCGAGCUGCAGUCGCUCCGGGAGGAGCGCCUGAGCACCGAGAAAUGCCUCCAGAUUUGUGCGCAGCUGUCAAGUCACAUCGAUCAGAUUCAGCUAAUAUCUGACGAGACGGAUGCAUCUCGUGAAUCAACCGGGACAGAAACGUCUCCCGAAACCCUCACAAAUGAGGGCCUGCAAGAAUGCAAACGAAGCUUGACUAUCACAGCUGCCAAGUUGGAAAAGCAUAUGCGAGAUAUCAUGGACCGGCUACUGGCAAAAUCAAAGUCAGUCAUCUCGUCGGACGAAGAAGCCCAGGACCUGUCAAGAUUGCGCGAUGAAUGGGAAACCGCCCGGCAGUGCUUGGAUAUUUGCUCCCGGGCUGACAAUCACCUGAGGGAGAACGUCAGUGUCAUUGAAAACUAUGGCACCGGCGACGCUUUGCAGUUCAUGGUCUCCGCGAACGGGAAGGUCUUACAUGGGAAGAACCGGGGUGUGGGUUGGAGGAGCAGGCAAGUGGGAGGCUACUUGAGCGAUGAAUCUAUCCAGCAACUAUCACGAGAUCUCGCAACCAUGCAGACGAGUCAUCUGAGGGGCGAAGAUUCCUUCCCGAAGGCCGGGGCCACGCCCAGUGCAGACGACAGGAUGCAGGGCGAAACGACAGCAGAAUUUCAAGAACGAUUUGGAAAAGGCUUUACUCUACAGCCGGUGACUUCGCCGAAAACACAAAUGUCAUCACCGUGA